CACCUUCCUUCCUCCUGUCUCAGGACAUGGCGGACUCCCGGAGGAUCAACAGUAACAUCCGGGAGGAGGAAUCCCGUCUGAGCGAGGAGGAGCAGCCCCCCCUCUCCCUGUCCUCCAUCAUCCUGUCCUCCGAGUUCUGGCCUCCGCUGAAGGAGGAGAAGCUGGAGCUGCCCCAUGUCGUCUGCCAGGCUAUGGAGGCCUACACCCACCGCUACGAAAAGCUCAAGGCCAUGAGGACGCUGAGCUGGAAGCCUCACCUGGGCUCCGUCACUCUGGACCUGGAGCUGGAGGACCGCACCCUCACCAACCUCACCGUGUCCCCCAUCCACGCUGCCAUCAUCCUGCACUUCCAGGACAAAAGUUCAUGGACGCUGGAGGAGCUGAGCGUGAAGCUGGGGGCCCCGAAGGACCUGCUGCACAGGAAGCUGGCUCUGUGGCAGCAGCACGGCGUGCUGAGGGAGGAGGCGGGGGGGCGCUACUACGUGGUGGAGACGGGCUCGUCCAAAGAGAAGAUGGACAGGGGGGUGAUGCUGAUCGACAGCGACGAGGAGAGAGACUCCAACACCACCACCCAGUCGGAGCAGAGGGAGGAGAAGCUGCAGUUGUUCUGGGCCUACAUCCAGGCCAUGCUGACUAACCUGGACAGCAUGACGCUGGACCGCAUCCACUCCAUGCUCCGGAUGUUCGUCGCCACGGGACCCGUCGUCACGGAGAUGGACAUUAAUGAGCUGGAAGGCUUCCUGCAGAGGAAGGUGAGGGAGCAUCAGCUGCUGGUGUCUGCUGGCGUCUACAGGCUCCCCAAAGCAAACUGAUGGGUUGCGAGGGAGACAAGGAGAGUGUGACAGAUGUACUAAAGGUGCUGGUUGCAGCUAUAAAAAUGACUUUGUUGUGCAGACAGACUUUUAUCUGAUUAACUCUGACAUUUAUGUGACAAGCUGAAAUAAUUCAUUAACUUCAGAGUUAUUUUCAUCAGCGUGUCAAACUGGAUUUUCACGUGAUGUAUGAAUGCAGCAUUUUCUUACUGGGUCAUUCCUCUGAAAAGUUGGAUUUCAAAAUAAAAGCACUUCCACCCAGCUUUGAAUCAGUGCUGUGGUUACUGGUGUUGAACACAAAUGUAUUGUUAAUAUUAAAGCUUUUUAAUGUCUCCUGUGUGUGUCUACUUCAAAUGAACCAGGAAGGACACUAUAUUUUUACUUACUAUGGCGUUUAAACAAUGCUUAAUCGGUACUAAGGGGUCUAAGUAUGCUAAGAAAAUAUCCCCUUCACCAUUACACCACCAGCCUGAACCGUUGAUACAAGGCAGAAUGGAUCCAUGCUCUCAUGUUGUUCACGUGAAAUUCUGACCCUACCGUCCGAAUGUAGCAGCAGAAAUCAAGACUCAUCAGACCAGGCAACAUCUUUCCAAUUUUUUAUUGUCCAAUUUUGACGACCCAAAAUUGGCACCUGGUCUUCUGCUGCUGUAGCCCCUCUGCUUCAAGGUUCCACGUGUUGUGGUUCAGAGAGGGUCUUCUGCAUACCUAUGUUUCAACGAGUGGUUGUUUGAGUAACUGUUGCCUUUCUAUUGUCUUUAACCAGUCUGGCCAUUCUCCUCUGACAUCAAGAAGGCCUUUCCCCCAGAGAACGGCCGCUCACUGGAUAUUUUCUCUUUUUGGGACCAUGUUCUGUAAACACUAUGGUUGUGUGUUAAAAUCCCAGUCGAUCAGCAGCUUCUGAAAUACUGAGACCAGCCCGUCUGGCACCAACAACCAUGCUACGUUCAAAGUCCCUUAAAUCACCUUUCUUCCCCGUUCUGAUGUUCUGUUUGAACUUCACCAGGUCGUCUUCACCAUGCCUAAUGCAUUGAGUUGCUGCCAUGUGAUUGGCUGAUUAGAUAUUUGCGUUAAUGAGCAGUUGAACAGGUGUACCUAAUAAAGUGGCCAGUAAUUAAAUUCAAUUGAGAAUGAUGCUGUAACUUUUUUUUUUCAACUUUUAGGAGUAUCUGAGUCUUAUUUUUAAGGAAGUGGUUAUUUUCUUAAGAUUAAAAAAAAAAAAUCGACAAACAAACAAACUGAGUCUGGAUUUAUUGCUUUAUUUGGACACAUUUGCUAGGCAACAUUUUUAUUAAAAAAACAAUAUACUAAUGAACAUUUUGGGCCUGUACUGCGUUGUUACACACACUAGUCUUGGAUUACAGGCCUCACUAACUGAAAUAAGGCUGACCCAUCACACAGGUUAGUGUGAGGUUAUACUUUAGUAACAACUGCACCCAGUUCCCUUUCAGUGGUAAAUACGUUUACUGUAUUAAGACAAGAAUAAAACAUUGGCACAUAACAGUGGUUUACUAGUGCAAAGUUAAAGGACCGUACCGGAGAUUAGAUGUUUUAGCUCAUACACCACAACCACACGCUUUUAAUCCAUAUCUAAAAAUAGGGCUGCCUAAUAUAUCAAUAUUUCGACAACAGACUCAAUAUCGUAAUGUGUUGUAAAGGCUGCGUCACAGUAAAUUGAUGUACUUUCCUAGGUGUUAUAUUGUUUCCUUUUAACUACUAAUUCAUUCAAUCUAUAAUUAUUGAUCAAAAAUCUAAUAUAUAUUUUGUGCACGUAGUCAUUAUCAUCACAAUACCCCUGGUACAAAUAUAUAUGAUUCUGUUUUCAUAAGACAUCUUUACAAUUUGUUUUGUUGAUAUAGGCAACAAUUUGAUCUCUGCAAUAACGAUCACAGUUGCAAGGGGGAAAAAGCCAAUUGAGUGACUACAUUUCCAUUUGGACUUUUGCUUUGUGUUCUGGAAUCUUUUGAGAAUUGCUGGUAGGACUUAAUUGCCACUUCCUGUGUACAUUUUUUAUUAUAAAGAGCACUUGGUAAUUGUGCGUAGUCAACA